AUGAAGUAUGACUUAACUGGUCAUGACAAGUUGGAGAAGGAAAGGAUCUUGCCCACCCAUGCUAUGCUUUUCGGGGCUGAAAAUGUGUGCUCCAUUCGCUCCACCUUUGCCUGCUCAAUCAAAAAGAAGCACUUGUAUUUGCGACUGCAACUCAUACAAGGAUCGACGGCACUACCGUGGCUCUCUCGAAUACCAGGCAUCGACGAAGGUGUAGUAUUGUAUGCCGCAGGGACGGAGAAAUAUCUGACGCCUUGGCCACCUGAAAGUGCAAUUGGCACGCAUUUCAACUUCCAUAUUCCUCUCCAAACACAUCUUCGUUCUACUCUACCAGUGUUGUGCGGUCGCCCGACCUUGAGGCAAAGUCAAGGUUGCGGGUCGCGAAACUUCGGGGUAACGGUUCCCAGUCGCGCAAAAUUAAAUGAUCACUCCUGGCAAAAACCGGCGAAAAUUAUGGAUGACAGAUAA